CAAAGCAUGAAUGAGAUUGGGGGGAAAGGGCACUGGGAUAUGUUUGGCAUGCUCUGACAAUGGAACUGCUCAAACACCAAAACAGAGCAGACACUGCUUCGGUUUUUGUGUGUGUUUGAGAGUGAGAGAGAAAGAAUCUUAAAUUCUUCUGCAGUUUUAUUUUAUUGUAUUUGUCUGUCAUCAGUUUUAUGUAAGAGAGCCAGAGGGGGAAGCCUUAGCCUUCCCUUUUUUAAGAGAGUGGGAGAAGGGUCAUGGAAGCUUAAAGGGAUCCUUCCUUCAUCUUUUUCAUUGCAUCUGUUUCAUCGUCAUCGUCGUCAUCAUCAUCAGAUCAGAGCAGCAGAAGAAUAAGCAGAAGAUCUUCUCACACCCAUCGUCAUCAGUCAACUGAAUCUCCAUACAGCACAGCACAGUCUCCGCUUUCUCAACAGAUACAAUUCAGAAAGGGAGAAAGAGGACGUUUCGCGGCUGGUGGGAGCUUGGAGGAUUCUGAUUAUUGGAUUUACGGUGGGAGAAGUUGAUCGGGGCUUCGGAUGGAGAAGCUUAUACGGCCAUACGACAAGGAAUGCAUGAAGAUGGCAAUGUUAAAGCAUGAAGAAACAUUCAAAGAGCAGGUACACGAGCUGCACCGGCUAUACCGGAUCCAGAAAUUAUUGAUGAAAACGAUUGGAAGUGGUGUCCCAAAUGGGGGCAGUCCCUUUAAUUUAGCAGGCCAGAUUGAUAGAACAGAUUGCAAACCACGGGAAGGAGUCGACCUUGAGAGGCCUGCCAGAGAUUCAAAUGCCAUGUCGGAGGGCAUCAGUGCCUUAGACACCAUAGAAGAGAGCCAAAUCGAGCUCACCCUGGGGCCCUCGAGUUACCACACGAGCACAUCGAGAUCAAAGAAGGCUGACACGCAGUUAACUUCGAGCAGCUUCUCUUCUUCUUCCACCGGGUCGAGUGGCAACAUAAUUAACAGCAAGCCCAGCAGGCUCAGGGCCGGUGCCGGUGUUGAGGAAGAGCAACUGCUCAAGAGUGAGAGACUAAACCACCAACCUUGGAUCUUCCAAGCCUUAAGCCUGAAUUCUACUUGAAGAACAUCCUUCCACUUAAGUCGGUGCGAACAAUUAGAGAAAUUUUAGCCCAGUUCUUAUCGACUUACGGGAGUCUCGACUAAUCAUUUGAAGUGUGAAUCUUUUCCCUUCUUUUUAUUUCCUUCUCCUUGCUAGUGUGUUAGAAGGAAUCUUGUGCAAAGAUAAUGAACUUUUUAUUUAUUUUCUACUUAAUUUUUAAAUUUGGCUUGCAAUUUGCCAAUUAACAGUCCAAGAGAUGAUCUAAUCAAUGUCAAUUUCAUCG